AUGAAAUCCGAAUCAGUUUCAAGCUUCAGCGCUCUCUCAGUAGACGCCCCCAACACCACAGAAAUUCGAGUGGAGAUUGAAGAUUUAGAACAAACCAUCAGACUUAACAAACUUAUCCUUGAAGAACUGCUCUCAUCUCUCUCUUCAUCAAAGCCUUCAAAAGAACUAUCAUACGACACUGAAAUCCCACAGCUGGUUUCUGCCAAAAUCCACCAAGCAGUCAAAACAGAAAACGAAAUUCUGUUAAAAGCAAGCCAAAGGAUCGAAAGCGAAAUAAAACAAGGAGAAAUUGCGAUUCUUCAAGCUGAGGAUCAAGCCAAUAAAUGCCGAAUCAGAAAAAAAGAAUCAGUUUCAAGGCUAAAUGAUGAAAAAGCCAAACUGCGAAAAGAUAUAGAGCUUAAAGAGCAGGCAGUCCAAAAAUUGGAAAAAUACAUAAGGCAGCUUGAAGUCGACAUAGAAGACGCCCACAAAAUUAUGCAUGACGACCCUAACCAAAUGAUAAAACAAGCCAAAAUGCUGAUUACUGCUGUAGAAGAAAGCUUAAAAGAAGCCAAAGCAGAAAGGGACGAAGAAAUCGAUAGGUGCAAAGAGCUUGAAGAAGAGCUCUACCGACUUCAAUCCACUAUAAAAGCUUCCCCUCCCAAAGCUACAAAAACAGUUGACAACAUCAUUCGUGAGGACAACUGGCUUAAACUGAACUAUGAAAACUAUUGAUUUGAAAACCGAGAAGAAGUCUACAAUAAAGAAGCCAAUUCCAGCAAUGAAAGCGAAAACCAAAUCACAGACAAAAUUUCAGUCGAAAACCUAGAUGGAGAAGACAGUGACGAAGCUGAGCUAAUCCAGCUAGAAAUUGCAUACCGAAUGAAAUGUGAAGAAAUGCUUUCACUAGACAGAAUUCUGGCUCAUUUAAGAGAACAAGAACACACAUUGAAAAAUUACAUAGACAUGAGGCAUAGCACAUAG